GUUAGGAAUCUGCACUCGAUGAGGCGUGGCUGCGGGUGGAUGAUGCGGCGGUGGAUUGUGAGUGACUGGCGGUGCGGCCUAGCCUGGGAGAUUGUGCCCAGUCAUCGCGGAGACACACGGAGCUGUAGAGGGGCGGUGAGAGGACCCCGGACACCGAGACCGAGAGAGACCGCAGCUCGAGGCCUGCCAUCGCCACCCCGGCUCCUUCCAGCUAGGCCCCGCUCCGGCCUUUCCUUCUCCCAGCCUCCAGCAGCCGCCAUGAAGGACACGGCCGGGAAGCACAAGCCCAAGGAGCCGGCCCCGGACAAGGCCAAACUGGCGGCUGGGCCUCCUGCCCCCGGGGAUGUGGAAAUGAAGGAUGUGUCCGCCGAGCCCGAGGCUGAGCAGGUCGAGAGCGGAGAGAAGAGCCAGAAAGAGUUGGACCUGAUCACCUUGGAGGAUAUCAAAGAACACGUGAAGCAGAUUGAGAAAGCUGUUUCAAGUAAAGAGCCACGGUUUGUCUUGCGGGCACUGCGAGCACUUCCUCCAACUUGCCGCAGAUUGAACCCCACCGUCCUUUACAAGGCCAUCAAUGGUUUCUUUGUAUCAAACACUUCGAUGCGGGAUUUCCUUCUGGCUUUUCUCGAAGAGCCCAUGGAUACAGAGGGAGAUGUGCAGUUUCGCCCUCGAACGGGGAAAGCAGCUACGGUACCACUUUUACCUGAGGCAGAGGCUUAUCUUCAGCUUUUACUUGUCAUUUACUUGACGAACAACAAACGAUACAUUGAGGCACAGAAAUGCUCAGAUGAUUUGAUGCAAAAGAUUGCUGCUCAGAAUCGCCGGGCUCUAGACUUGGUCGCAGCUAAGUGCUAUUAUUACCAUGCUCGUGUGUAUGAAUUUCUCAGUAAGCUCGAUGCAGUCAGAAGUUUUUUGCAUGCACGUUUGAGGACAGCCACCCUUCGCCAUGAUGCUGAUGGACAGGCCACUCUGCUGAACCUGUUAUUGAGAAACUACCUGCAGUAUAACCUCUAUGAUCAGGCAGAGAAGCUUGUCUCCAAAUCCAUUUUCCCAGAACAAGCAAAUAACAAUGAGUGGGCAAGAUACCUGUAUUAUACUGGUCGUAUCAAAGCAAUUCAAUUAGAAUACUCGGAAGCACGAAGAACCCUGACUAAUGCUCUGCGAAAGGCACCACAGCACACUGCAGUUGGCUUUAAGCAAACAGUUCAUAAGUUGCUGAUUGUGGUGGAGUUACUAUUGGGUGAGAUUCCUGACAGGCUACAGUUCCGACAACCAUCGCUCAAGCGCUCCCUGAUGCCAUACUUCCUGCUUACUCAGGCUGUGCGAACGGGAAACUUGGCCAAGUUUAACCAGGUUUUGGAACAAUUUGGAGAGAAAUUUCAGACUGAUGGCACCUAUACAUUGAUCAUCCGCCUGCGACACAAUGUCAUCAAAACAGGUGUAAGAAUGAUUAGUUUAUCUUAUUCUCGGAUCUCUCUCACUGACAUUGCACAGAAGCUGCAGCUGGACAGUCCUGAAGAUGCUGAGUUUAUUGUUGCCAAGGCCAUUCGUGAUGGAGUGAUCGAGGCGUCUAUUAACCAUGAGAGAGGAUAUGUCCAGUCUAAAGAGACCAUCGACAUUUAUGGCACAAGAGAGCCACAGCUGGCAUUCCACCAGAGAAUCUCCUUCUGUCUGGAUAUCCAUAACAUGUCUGUCAAAGCAAUGCGAUUCCCACCCAAGUCAUACAACAAAGACCUGGAGUCAGCUGAGGAGCGGCGAGAACGGGAACAGCAAGACCUGGAGUUUGCAAAAGAAAUGGCAGAGGAUGAUGAUGAUGGAUUCCCAUGAGCAUGUAUGGGAUGUUGAUUCUGAAAAACUUGGAAUACUGUAACUGCAAACAGUAAAGAUAAAUAAAACCAGAAUCGUGACUUUAAA